AAAAUUGAGUUACAAACUGUCGCUAGGGUACUGGCCUGUAUCGUGGUUGUCAAAAUUAUUGUUGCAAAUCCACGCAUCCUUGAAAGAGAAUUAGAAAAUUCAGAGAAAAUCCCCAAGUUCUAGUUCAAGCAUACUUUCGUGUUACAAUUUUCAUUGUACCCAAUUUAUUGUAGUGCUUCUGGUGGCGAAAAGUGUGAAAUAUAGACGCGCAGAAGCAUUCGUAAACCAAUUUGCGGUGUAAACAUGUCGGAUAGUCAGGAAACGGUCCCGGAAGGAUGGGAAAAGCGUACCAGCCGUUCCACAGGGAUGACUUAUUAUCUUAAUGUGUACACCAAAGAAUCCCAGUGGGACCCUCCUACUGCACCCGCGGAACCGGCUAAUACUAACGAACCACACGAGGUGCAGUGUGCACAUCUGCUCGUAAAACAUAACAAAUCCCGGCGGCCAAGCUCGUGGCGAGAGGAAAACAUCACGCGUGACAAGGAAGAAGCAAUCGAAAUUCUUGAAUCAUACCGCAAAAAAAUUCAAUCCAACGAAUCCACGCUACAGGAGUUGGCACAGCGAUACUCGGACUGCAGCUCGGCCAAACGCGGUGGCGAUUUGGGCAUGUUUAAGCGAGGCAUGAUGCAGAAACCCUUCGAAGAUGCUGCGUUUGCGCUGAAAGUGGGUGAUAUGUCCGAUAUUGUCGACACGGAUUCGGGCGUUCAUUUGAUACUUCGGUUAAAAUAGACAGCUAAUCUGGUAUGGUAUUGUUCCAUGCGCUCGGGCGACAUGAAAAGUUGGAAGGAACAAAGCAUAAAAACACAAUAACAA